AUGAAAGCUGACGCUAGUGAGGUCUUGAGACUUCGAAAAGAACUAACGCAUGCCAGAAAUCACGCUGCUGAUCUUUAAGAAGAACUUGAAGAGAAGAAUAACCUAUAUAUUAAAGCUAUCUAGGACAGAGAUUCCUACAAGGAGAAACUGAACAAUGUGAAGGAUACUGUGAACAGAGUUGACAACAUAGUUUAAUUUUAAGUGAACUAAAUCUUGGAAAAAGAAAGAAAAGAACUCACUACUUUGAAAGAAGAUAAGAAGUUACUGUUACAAAGGAUCGAAAUGCUUGAUCAGGAAAAGCAUGCAAAUCUGACAAGAGAAAGGAAUUAGCAAGAAAAGAUCUUGACUCUAUAAAAGAGUCUUUAAGAGCUGGGUAAAGAUAAAGAGUCACGCAACUUUAUCGAGAAGAUUGAAAUAGCGAGAAACUAAAUGAAUGCUAAGGAUCAAGAGAUAGGCAAGUUACUUAAAGAACUUAAUAAGAAGGAAAGCGAGCUAGAGAACAUGAUGGCUGAAAAUAGAACUCUAAGAUCAAUGGCUAAUGUACCUCAAAACUUUGGUAUUGACACAGAGUAAAUCAAGUUCUAGGAUAAGGAGAAGAUUGAUGACUACAAGAAAUUAAUCAGAAUUCUCCAGGAUGACAACUACAGACUGGAGGAGGAGAGAGCGAAGCUUAAAAACAUGCUUAAACAUCAAUCGCUCUUGUACAAAGCAGACCAGCCCUAGAUGAGAUUUAAGGAUUUAACCAAAGAACAACUCUUUUAGCUUGAUCAGUACAUAUUAAGGUUAAAGUCUGGAGACACUACUGAACCUGCAGAUUACUACGUUUUAAGGGAAGAGAAUAAAAAAUUGAAGGCUUAACUUGAUGUAAUGAAUACCUAAGGAUUUGAACACACAAGGGUUUAGAUUGAGCUACUAUUAAAGCAACUUGGAUUUGGCGAUACUGGUAAAUUCCAAGAGCAAAUGCUAGCAGGAAACCAAAAACUUCUUGAAAAGAUCUUAGAAUUAUUAAGCAAAGGCAACUUCGGAAGUUUCCCUAGCUAACCUGGGUCAGUAGUAACUAAUACAUUUGAUUUCGGUCCAUUCAAACCGCCACUCCCAAGUAUUGGAGUAGAUGGAGAUAUCACAUAAGGCUACACUUUCAAGUUUAAAUCUUAUUUAGAUGUUCUCGAUAGAGAUGGAAGAGCAGGACUAAAGGAUCCAACCAAGUAUGAUGUGGCCUUCAUGCAACUUCAACUUUGUGAAUUUAUUGAGUUGAUUAAGAAGAAGGAUGAUGACUUGAAUUACAAGAAUAAUGAAAUUGAGCAUCUCUAUAAGAGAAUCAGAGAUUACUUACUUGUUUAAGACUAGCUGUACAAGGACUUUGUCAAAAUGGAAAAAGAUCAUGAUAAGAAGACAAAAGAACUCGAAAUGAAAUUAAGAGCUGCAGAGGAGAAGUAUAUGCAAGAAGAGCUCAAAUUCAAGAAAGUAUAAGCAGCAUUGGAUGUCAUAUCCACAGGUAACACUGAUAAGAUAAAGGAGAGAAUAAUUGAGCUAACUAAGCAAAAUGCUAUUCUUGACAUUAACUUGCUCAGACUUACCAGAAAAUAUCAAAUACUUGAAGAGUAAGAAGAACUAAUAAGAAGAGAAUACCAUAAUAAGGAAGCAGAUAUGGCUGAGAAGGACAAAUAUGUCUAGGAAAGAAUUAACAAGCUCAAAGAAUAUAAGGCAAGAGCAAUCUAGUAACUGAAGUUCUUAUUUAGCAAGCUAAGACUAGCUGUUCCAAUGACUGAAUACCAAACUGUCUAGAGUGAAAAUGAGAUAUUGAAGUAGAAGAAUGCUGACUAUAUCGACAAGAAUAGUCAACUUUCACUAAAAAUAUCUCACUUGCAAAAGUAGCAGAGAGAAUUCUUAGAGGCUGAUGAGAAGCUUUAGCUUAUGAGAGAAAGUAAAGAAGACCUAGAGAAUGAGUAUGAAAUGCUUAAGCAGAGAUUAGAGACUGUGGAUUAAACAUUCAGAUGGGAAAACUCUAUUUUUAAUAAGAUCGUGGCAACUUUAAAGAGAUAUAAGGUGUCUCCAUAAUAAGCAUUUGAAGCAUUUGAUAAAGAUAAAAAUGGAAUGGUAGACAAGAAUGAAUUCUUAGAAGGUCUGAGCAUGCUUAAAGUACAAGACUUAUCUCAUCAAGAACUUUAAAUUCUAAUGGGGUCAAUUGAUUAUGAUAGCAGUGGGCAUAUUAAUUAUAGAGAAUUUGUUAGAAAACUUUCUAGACAUGGUGUUAAAAGUAGAAGCAAGGAGGAGCAAAUCAUCUAUCUUAUUGUAGAUGCUCUAAAAAGAUCUGGUAUUAAGAGUCUUUCCGAGGCAUUCGAGCUUUUUGAUAAGAAAUAAACAGGUACAUUGUCAAGAGAAGAUUUUAAAGACAUCUUUAAGAAUAUGCAUCUGAAGUUAGAUGAAAACGACAUCGAAAAAUUCAUUGAUAAUUUUUGGAGGGAAAAGAAAGCUGGUAUUGAUUACAGAGAGUUCUUAAGAAUAUUUGCUAGGUACUAAGUCAAAUUAGAUUAAUCUGCUAAAUAAAUAUCUUACACUAGAAUAUCUGACGAGGCUCUUAGAACUAAGAAAGACCUCUACAUGAAAAUCUAGAGGAUAUUGAAGGAUAAUAGCAAAGAACUAAAGAGUUUAUUUACUAAAAUGGAUGCAGAUGGCUCAAGUGAGAUAGAAUUCCCCGAACUCUAUAAGAUGUUCAUGGAUAUGAAUCUCCAGAUAAGUGAGGCUGAUGCGAGAGCUAUUUUUGAAUCGAUUGACUUCGAUUAAAGCGGAAACGUGACAUUCCCAGAAUUUAAAGCUGAUUUUGAAAGGACAUGUGAAAAUGAUAUCACCACUCUAUUAUUCCAUGAAAGAGAAAGAGUAGAUGAAAAUGCCAAAGAGUAAACUCAGAAGAAAUACAAUGCCACUGGCAACUAAAGUUAAAACUAAUAGAUAAAUAACAUGAAAAUCUAAAUGGGACCUCAAUAACAAAUGGAGCUUCAGCUCUAACAAAAAUUAGCCUCCCUUGAACAGAAGGAGAAGCAACUUCAAAAGAAGUUAUCAACAUCUCUAACAAUCCUUAAUCAUGCUCAGUAAUCUUAGAUUGAGACUCAAAAGAUGUAUGAUAAGUUGGAAAAGAACUGGAAUGAUUUGGUAGAUUAAUUCCAUGCUGAGAAGCAAAAAACCCUCAAUCAUGAGAAAGAGCAUCAAUCUUGUAUUAAAAAGGAGCAGGCUGAUGAACUUUAAAAAACAAAUUUCUAACUGUAGACUGAAGUUGUAGAAACUAAGGCAGCUAUGAUCACAUAUAAGAAUAUGACUGAGGUUAUUUCAGAUUAGGCAAGACAACUUAAGCUGGCAAUGGAGAGAAAGAAAGAUGAAAAUGAAAAUCUAGUAAAUGCAUUCAGAGAUAUGGCUUCUUAAAGUGAAGAUCAAAAGAGACUUGGAAAACUUUACUAUCUAAUCAUGCUUUCAAGAUGGCAAGAAGCUGCUAUAAACAAGAAAUAUGAUAUGGUGUUGACUGAAAUUAAGGAAUUAAGAAGAGACCUAAUGAACACUGAAUAAUUGCUUCAUAAUAAGGAAUAUGAUCACCAUGAAGCUGAAAAUGUGGUAUAAGAGUAGCAAUUAAGAAUUGAAGAGCUAAGGAGAAAAAUAGAUGAUUCGAAGAACAUAUUCCUAACACUAGAUAAAGCUGAGUUUUUAAACAACAUCAUUAGAGAAAUUACUGAUGAAAAAUGCGAAUUAGAAGAGUCCUACUUCCAUAUCAGAUCUAAGUACAGGUCAAAUCAGUUGAAGCUUGAUGAGGCUGAAGCUAAGGCUGAAUAUGCUUCAGAGUAGUUAGAAUUCCUACAAAGAAGCAAGCUCCCAGACAUAAGUGAAAGAAUGAUAGACCUUAGCAAUAAGCUUUAAAACAUCAGACUUCUUCAAAUGAGAGCAGAAAGAGAGUCUACUGAAAAGAAAGAAGAAAAUACUUAUCUCUCAAGGCUUUUAAGAUAAUAAAAUGAUAAUGUUAGAAAACUAGAGGAAAAAGCAGCAGAAUAUGAGUCUAGAAUGCAUAAAGAGAGAGAAGAACACAGAAGAGCUGAUAAUGAAAGAAUGAAAAAGUUCUUUAAUGCUAGAUUUGAUAACAUUCCUGCAGCAUUUGGAACAGAUGAAAGCUUGAUGAUAUCAUCCAGGACUAAAGGAUUUAGAGAUAAUUUGAAAUCCCCUGUAAGCAAUAUUAUGGGUAUAAAUCAAAUCAAUAUUGAAAAGGCUUAUACUGAUUCUGAAAUGAGAUAAGAACCUGAUCAUGUUAGAAGACUUUAAUCUAUGUAAAGCAAUUAAAGUGCCUAGCAAGAUCCUAAGUAUUUGGAAGGCAAGCUUAAGAAAUUAGAAGCAUAACUCAGAGAUGCUUUAGAUGAAAUCAGACAUAAAGAUUAAACUAUUAAGAAAUUCAGUGACUGGCAAAUAUCUGAAAAGAUUUUCUCAGAAGAUGAAGUAUAUAAGGAUUUGAUAGAAAAACAUAGAGGUAGUGCAAAUCAAGUCCAUGAAUAAGAAGCAAAAGAAAUGGCAGACGCUGCUGCUUAGAUGGUUAGAUCUUUAUAGGAGAUGCUUGAUCAAAAGAACGAACAAAUUCAGAAAAAAGAUGAUGUUAUUAAAAAAUUGAGAGAACAAAUGAUCUAGCAGAGAGAAAAAGAUCAUCUUGAAAUAGCUAAGCUCCAAAAUGAGAUGUCAUUAGCUUCAAAUAAUGCUCUGACUAGUUUGAGAGAAAUAGUAAUUAAGAAUCAAGCAAGCACAAACAUGACUAUUUACGGCACUAGCAAACACGAUCACAAGACUAGAGAAGAACUCUCCAGAAAUCUUGAUGAAAAGGACUUAUUGAUACAUCAGCUUCAAAGUGAAAUUAAAGGUUUUUAGCAAUAGCUAGGAUUUUAGAAACAGAAAAAUGAGCAAAUUGUAGAUUAAGUUAGGGAUCUUGAAUCUGAGUUAAGACAUGAGAGAUAGCAAGUAGAGUUGAAAACCAAAGUGAGGGAACUUGAAAAUGUCAAGAGAGAACUUGCAAAGAAAGACAAGUAUCUUGAUAAUCUAAAAAAUACGAUAAAUGAAUUGAACGAUAAACUGCUGAAUUUGAAUGUGCAAAAAGAAGAAAAUUCAGAAGACAAAAAAAUGGUCAAGGUGCAAGAAGGUCUUAAGGAAAAAGAGCAUAAAGAGGAAAUAAAGAAUCUCUAAGCAAAAAUAAGCAUGAUUUCAGGGUCUAGAAAGGCUGUUGAAAAAGACUUAACAGAUGAAAAGCUCAAGCAUUAGGAAUUAAAAGAAAAAUUCUCUAAGCUUGCCAAAGAUCAUGAAUAAAUUUAGAAACUUUACAGAGACGAAUAAACAAGACUUCAAAGAUAAAUAAUGGAAAAAGAAAAAGUCUCUGUUGAACUUAAUCAAAUUAAGGGAAGAUCUCAGAUUGGCUAAGGACUAGGAAUGUCAAAUGGAUUAUCAUUUGAAUAACUGCAAGCUAGAAUUAAAGAACUUGAAAAUGAUGUUUUCCUUCUAAACUGCUCUCAAAAGACAGUAGUCGUAUACAACAAGGAAAACGGUUGCUUUGAAUAUAUUGGAGAGCCUAUAUAUCUAAUAAAAGAAAGAGAAAUCGCCGACAUUGAUGAAUUCUUAGCUUCAUUGAAAUCAUGGCUCAAUAGAAACGAUAGAUUAACAUUGAGAGCAGUUUUUGAAAGUCUAGACAAGGAAAACUUCGGUGAGUUGAGUGAAAGUAACUUUGAUAAGGCCAUGCUAAAACUAGGAAUACAAUUAAGAGCUCAAGAGAAGAAAUUGAUUAAGGAUGUUCUAGAUCCAAGGAAAAUUGGAUUUAUCAGAUAUAGAUCGAUAGUAAGAGAACUUUAAGGACUCCCGUAGAUUGAAUUCAUUCCUAGAGAAGUUCUAAAAUUAGCAGAACUUGUUGAAACUAGAGACUUAACUCAAAGAGAGUUUAAAUUACUGUUGGAUCCAAAUCAAGAAGAGUCUAUGAAUCUUACUUAGCUACAAGAUUCAGCCAAGCAUGUUGUUAAUGAGCAGUUUAAAAUGAGCUCCUAAGAGUUUGAAAAUUUGUUUAAGCAUGUUACUAAGAGUGCUAGAACGAUAGGAGUUGUAAUGAGCGUUCAUAGAUUAACUGAAAAAGUAUAUACAGCUGUUGAUGCAUUGCUUAUUGAAAAAGUGAAGGAAGCUAUUUUAAGAUCAAAUAGAUCAUUCAAUGAUAACUUUAAUAGACAUGACUCUAACAAGGAUGGCUUCUUAGAAUACCCGGAACUCGAAAAUAUGCUUCUUGAAUGCUAGUUAGCAAUAAAGCCAAACAUGCUUAAUAGAAUCUAUAUGAUCCUUGACAAUGAAAAGAGAAUGUCUAAGAUCAGUUUUAAUAGCCUUAAGUUUAUGGUGAAUGCUGAAAAUUCCCAAGGAGGAGUUGGACAUUCAUUCGCUGAGAGAUCAUAUGAUUACCACCCAACUUUGGAUAGAGUAUCAUUAUCUGAGGAAACAACAUAAGAAGAUCUGUUUAUUUGCAGAACUGCAGCAAGAAAGAUUCUAACUCACUUCUAAGUUUCAAAUAAUAAGUCACUCAGAGACAUUCUUACUGAGAGAGACAAACAUAAUGAAGGUCUUAUUGCAAAAGAUGAAGCUAUGGAAUAAAUAAAAGAAGCUAGAGUUAGUGAACUAAACAAUGCUGAGUUGAAUAUCAUUAUGAGAUAUGCGGAUAAAUUGAACAGAGGAUAUAUUGUCAUAGAUGCAUUCUUGGAAAAGCUUGUUGAGCUUACUGUUGAAACUAAACAAGAGAUUAUGCUAAGAACUUUUGCUAUGAAUGUUAAGAGAUAAGGAAUAAACCUCAAGCAAGAGUUGUUCAAAUAUGAUACAACAAGAACUGGCAGAUUAGAUAAGAGAACAUUCCAAAAAGCUAUCAAUCAAUUACCUGUUUAAGUGAAUGAUGAGGGUGUUGAUCACUUGUUCUCAGCUGCAGAGAGUUAAGAUUUCAGAGGCACUGUUGAUCUUAAAAUCUUACUGGAUAAGGUGACUUAUGCAUUGAAGCAAAAGCCCCUACCGAAUUUCUAGCCUCAAUAAAAAACAUUGGCUUAGUCAAAAGUAGCUAAAGAUGCAAAAUCAGGUGGAGAGGCAUUCUAAAACUGGGAGGCUGAAAAGAAAUAUAAGACUAAGUUAGCUGCUUUACAGUAACAAAUUGAGGAAUCUAAAAAGGAGUCAUAAGCAGCAGAGAAGCAAGCAAAGCACUGGCAAGAAGUGGCUAAUAAACUAGAGAGAGAGAAAAAUGGACUCUAAGCAAGGUUAGUAGACCUUAACGCAAAGCCCCCUAAAGCAGCAAAAGAAGAAUCAACUUCUCAAGCCUAGACUGAAAUGAUGUAGCACUUGAAAGAUCAGGUAUACUAUCUUCAAGAAGAGAAUCAGAAACUUUAGAAGAACAUACAAGUCGAGCUUAAAGCUGAAAUAGGAAGAUUGCAAAGAGAUAAUGAAAAAUUGGUUGAAAGAUCAAGGCAUUCUUAAGACGAAGCUAAAAGAAUGGAGUACUAGGUAAACAGGUUGAUUGGAAAGCCAAUGGACAAUAUCGAGAAAAGAGAGGAAGGGGAACUCUGGAGAGAGAGAAGAAUCUAAGACUUGGAGAAAGAGCUUCAAGAUGCCGCUCAAAGAGAGCAUGAUCUUUAGGAGUAGCUUUUCAAAUGCGAAGAGAGACUUCUAGACCUUAAAUUCUAAAAAGAAACCUUUGAUCUUCAAUAUGCUAGACUGCAAAAGAGAAUUACUGACCUGGAGUAGUACAAACUUGAGAGUUCUAAAUAUUCUGCUGUCCUAAAGAAUAAAGAGGAUAUAGAGCUAAAGACUAUUGAAGAAAAUUCUAAUACUCUAUCCAACUUAACAGGAGUUCAGCCUGGUUCAAAGAAAGCGUAAGAUACUGUUAAGUUAAGAUCAAAGCCUUCAAAAUCUGUAGCAGAACUUGAAAUGCUAGUUGAAUCACUCAAGAGAGUAAUUGAAAAACAGAAAUCAGAUAACGAUGCAUUGAAAAAGCAGAUUGAAGCAGUUGACAAGCAUCAAGACAAAGUUAAAUCUGAGAAAUAACUCAGACAAAAAAUUGAAGCUCUCUCCCAAGAGGUUCACUCUUAUGAGAUGAGAGAUGUCAACGUUGAGGAAAAGGAUAGAACAGUCAAGAAGCUGAUUGAAGCUAACAGAUAUCUGAGAGAAGAUUUGAAGAAAGAAUCUGAUAGAUAUUCUAUGCUUGAGGGAAAAUAUAAGGAUUUGCUUUUGAAGUACAAUGUUUUAGCCAAGGAAAAUGCCAAAAAUGCUGAACUUGUAUUUUCUAUGAAUACUGGAGCUAAUAUUCACAAUUACGAGAAUCAUUUGAUGGAGAGUGAUAACAAAAAAAGCAAUAAAUUUGGGACUGCUCCAGAUAGAGAUAACUCAAAUGGAAUGAAAAGAGGUUACAAUGACUAUGACAGAGAUUUUGAUAGAGCAUAUUGA